CAUUCUCAGUCUCACCAAGCCUUCAACAUUCAAACCCUCUCUCUCUCUCUCUCUCUCUCUCUCUCUCUCUGGGGCUCUACUGCUAGUAGUAAGUGCCAACCCUGUGGCGUGCAAUUAAUAACGAGGCGCGAGGCUUUCAUUGAUGCCAAGCUAAACAGGGGUUGCUUUUCACAUCGUCAGGAUCCGAUUGCCGAUUGUUAUCGAUUCUGCAGGUUCCUCAGCUGUGCUGCUUCGUGAAGUAAAUUGCAGUUAACUCCUCCAUUUGAAAUAGCCAACGCAGUCCAGUUCCGGCAGAGAAGAAGGAAGAAGAAAGAAAAGAUGAGACCCAAGAUUUACAUCUUUGGCGACUCCAUCACCGAAGAGUCCUUCGGCGGCGGUGGUUGGGGGGCUUUGCUUGCCCACCAUUUCUCUCGGACGGCGGAUGUGGUGCUGAGAGGGUACAGUGGCUACAACACGAGGUGGGCUCUGAAGGUGCUGGACAAGGUUUUCCCAGCGGCGGGCGGCAGCGACGACGCGCCACUCGCGAUCACCGUCUUCUUCGGGGCGAACGACGCUUGCCUCCCGGAUCGGUGCUCCGCCUUCCAGCACGUGCCCCUCCAUGAAUACAAGCAAAACCUCCACUCCAUCAUCUCCACUUUCAAGUUGUUUCAUGCUCCUCGCCUUGCCCACGUCAAAGAUCAUCCCGCACGGGGUGUGUGCCGGGCUACUCUUUUGAGGCGCGGGGGGAAGAAGCGAUGGCCCAAGACCCAGAUUCUUCUCAUCUCUCCUCCUCCAAUCGAUGAAGAUGCUCGCCUCAAAUUUCCUUAUGUCGAUAAUCCGAUGGGCAUGCCUGAAAGAACUAAUGAAGCUGCCGGUGCGUAUGCUAAAGCUUGUGUUUCUGUAGCAGCGGAAUGUGGGUUUCCAGUUGUCGAUCUCUGGACCAAAAUGCAACGGUUCCCAGAUUGGGGAAAGGCCUGUCUAAGGGAUGGUCUACACCUUACACAGACUGGGAAUAGGAUUGUGUUUGAUGAAGUGAUCAUGAAGCUGAGGGAUGUGGGCUUGAGCUUGGAAAGCUUGCCAGUUGAUCUCCCCUUGAUUAGUGAUAUUGAUCCAAGCAAUCCCCUCAAAUCUUUUGAAAACUGAAAAAGACUUUUGUUGUAGCUUGGGUCAAUUUGCUUCUUUGUAUUAGGGUUUGGAUAAUACCAACACUAUCUUCAUGAUCUGUCAUGGUCUAGUCUUUUGUAGAGGACAGUUAUUUUGGUCAACUAUGAUGCCUAGUUUCCGAAUAUUUAUGAUAUGAGUGCUUGUACAUCAAUAAAUGUGGAUCAUAGUAAUUCUGUA